GCAAUCUCUCACCGAAGCGUCGUGCUAUCACACAUAUAAUUUAAGACAUACGAACUAAAUUUCAAACAUUUAACCACCUUUCGGUUCUACGUGACCUUCAAGCGGUGCCAUUACUUAUACUGCAUAGUUGAGUGUUUUAAUAUUUACUGUGUCUAUAUGUGUAUUAAGUUUUUUGAGUGUGUUGUGUAUGAUUGAAACUGGAUUUGCGAAUUUCUCUUUUGAUCCAGUUGGAUGUUUUGGUGAGUCAUGGAGCCCACGAUCGCUAUAUAUCCAAGUCAAUGACUGCUGCACAAUCAGACCCAACUGAAAAUAGACGAGGUGAUGUUUAAAUCAAAAAUAUAUCAAAAUGGACAUAAUUGGACACAUUUUCAAGACACCAAACAGAAGAUUGGAAUGGAGGUUUGCCCAAAAGAGCCUCCUGGUCAUUCUAUAUCUGACACUGUACAUACUACAAUGUAACUGUCAAGAUGCACAAAUAAACCAUGGUGCUAUAACCAAAACAGAUAAUUUAGAUGUAAAAGUAGAUAAUAAUGAUACUAAUCACUGCCAUAGCUGUCAAACUAGUAAUAAAUUCAACAAUGAAAAUAAAUUUAACAAUAGUAAAAGUUCUAAUGAAACAGACUCUUUAAAUUAUAUAGAUGAUAUAAUUAUUACUCUGAGUACUUUAACGAAAAGAUAUUUACUUGUAAAUACAACGGAAACUCAAUUGGAAGAUAAAGUAGAAGAUGUGUUGAAUAAUGUUUUAAGUAAGGAUCAAUAUGAAAUAAUCGAAGGAGUUGAAAUUAAGCCUGUAGAUGAUGAUAGCAAAGUAAAACAGCAGUCAAGGAGUGAUGAUGAUUCAGAGGCGAGAGCCCUUUUUAGUAAAUAUACAUAUGAGUACAGGAUGUUUCAGAAAAUCAAAAAUUUUAUUGAAACUCAUGUACUUUCCAUCAAUCUACCGAAGGCAGCGAAGUUCAUGGGAUUUAGAUCAUUUGGACUUUCAAAGUUCUUCGUACCUUUACUGAUUGGUGGACAAGUGCUGUUUAAGUCCAUUCUCCUGGCGAUGUUCCUGCCAAGCAUUCUGGGAAGUUUCGGGAAGAUGCUUGGAAAAGGUAUAUCCCAACUAUCAGCGACCUCCAGUCAAGCCAGCUACCCUCCCGUGCAGGGAGACCAGACGGGGUACAACUCAGACAAUAAGGACUUUAUGGGCUAUGAGACAAAUCUGGCUGGCGCGUACGCAUACCCCCAGGAUGACAUGUACGGAAACAUGGACGGAAAUGAUGUCAAUGACCUACAAGUUGACAUGUCUAGAUACGGCGAUCAAAAAGUAUCUUACUUGCCGACGAAAAAUGGAUAUUACCAAAACCAAAUGGGUGCUGGCAACAACUAUAAGGUGUUCCACAAGAUACCUGCGUCUUCCAUGAUCCUCAGUAACUACGACCCAUUCUAUUCCCCGCUACUAUCGCGACUUGACGGAAUAUUUGCAAGGCUUGGUCUGGCACCAUCGGAGAACUCCAUAGAUGGCGCUAUGAUCGGUGGGCAAAGCGUGAGCGACGUCAAGCUGGAGUCGUGCCGGGAACAGCUGAUCUGCCUUAUGUACGCCAGUCCAGCGAAAUACGCACCUUACAGCAACCUCGUCUCUGCGCAGCUGAGCAGAGAGCUAAACGAACUACGCCGGCCAGUAUCAGACAACCCGGAAAUCCUACGUUUCUUCCGAUACAUGAGGGCUGCGAGGCGCGGCCAGGAAGGCGUGGACUGCGUGCGGGCACACCCUGGUUGCUCAUCCACUAAUACUCCCGAACAUACCAUGAUAGCCGCCUACCAUGAUAUCAAUAAGCUAGUUAGCGCAAGGAAAUUAAAAAAUUGAUUGUAGCUACAUCUCUGAUUCGUCUACCCGUGAAUAUUGGACGAGUUUUAAACUAAAUGUGUUGUAAAUAACUUUUAUAACGUUACAAUAUGGGCAACCAUAAGCCAAACGCUGUGAAACAGUUUUAUAUAUCGAAUCGAAUCGCAUCGACGACGAUAUUGCUGGCUGGGUUAUUCAACAACUGGACACGAAAAAGUUACAUGUGUAAACGACAAUUUCCGCUCUGGUCACAUGGUCCGACUUUCUUGGUCCUAUCGAUCGGACUGCACUGCUAUUUUACACAGCUGAUGUUUUAAAUAUUAGACUUGGUGAUAAAAUUAUAGGAUUUGAAGUGAUAUUUUACAAAAGUGUAUUACCUAGCUGAUUCAUAUAAUUUAUCGUCGCAAAUUCUAUUAUUCUAUCACUUGACUGUUGAUGUGUUGUGAAAUUGUAAUACAAUUCUUUAACUCAUGUCCAAUGCAUUAGAUUGAACGACUUUUAAAAUAGCUAUGUACUCUGAACAGCACAUUAACCUACCCAAAUUCAUUACAAACUCGCCGUUAUUACCGCGCCAUAGAGGUUAAAUGCAACUUAACUCGGUAACUAUACGGUAAACGGGUAACUUGAUGUGCUGUUGACUGUACAUACAGUCAGCAGCCACUACACUCCGUUUUUUCUUACGAGUCCUAACUUGUAAACAAUCAUCAUGGUAAAUUGUUGAAAUUAAAUCAAUUAUUCAAAAUCAAAUCAUUUAUUCAGAAAUUAGGCCUUCACAGACACGUUUUGACGUCAUUUUCUAAAUUAAACAAUACUUAACAAAGCUACAAACUACUAGCAUUUCGAAGCGACCACUGCUGAGAAGAAAUGCCGAAGGAAACUCGUUGGUCUGAAUAUUAGUUCAUUCUAUAGUAAAACAUAAUAAUGUAAAAUCAUAUAAAAGAUUAUUUACUAUAUAAGACUUGUAAUAAGAAACGGGGCUUAUAUUUAUUCAUUUAAAUUGUAAUUACCACCUUUCUUUACAAUGUGCGGAAAAUAUAAUAACAGAUGAAUUUGUGUGUAACUCAUUCCAUUCACGCAUUUUUAUUAGAAAACUUUUUGUUUACAUUUUACAGCGACAGUCAAUGGAAGUAAAUUAAUUUUAAAAAACAAUAUAUAUUUUUUAUUACUUAGUAAUUGUUGUAGAUAUCACUGCAAAGAUCAACCCUGAUCCGACGAAAAAAAACUUCCUUGAUAGUUACCCAAGUAGCAUUUAAAAACACCAACAUUUUUUUUUACUGUCAUCAAUUUGUUUUUUCUAAUACGCAUUUAUUAUUUUUAAUCUGAAUGAAUGUAAUUUAUUGUGUGCAUGUGUGUUCUUAGUGUAAUUUGUUAUAUUUAAAUUUCGAACGAUUUUGAUUUUGUAUUCAUAUUUUAAAUCUUAAUUUAUUUCACGUAUGUAAGUUAUUUAUUAACUAUUUAUAUAUUUAGCAUAGUAAAGAUUAUUCUUGCAGUUUGAGGGGUGAGGGCGAAAUUAUAUUUAAAUGGGUUUUAUCUUUAUAUAAAUAACUGCAAGUUUAAUCGAAAAUCAAUUAUUUUAAAAACAUUUUUGUAGUCAUAGUUUAGAAAGUUUGUAUAGAAAACAAUAAAACGUGUUGAAUUUUUAAA